AAAAAAAACGAGACGCGUCUCGUAACGCGUCACAACCUGACAUGACGCGUCACAACCUGACAGGGGCUUGCCAUACUCCUGUGGCAUCGUUUGCUCCAGUAGGCAAGGCAAAGUACCUAUGGGUCAAGUCAGCACUACGUCACUGGGUGGAAUGACUGCACUUUCCACCGUGUCACCUACGUUUGAGUAUGACUCUGUUUCGGAGUUGUAAUAUCACACCACCUCAGAUCUCUCUGAUCACAAGCACUUUUUUCCCACUUUGGGCUUUGUCCUACCAACAAACCUACCACUUCCAGAGCAAACACAUAUAUAACAAUUUCUGCACCAAAUUUGACCUCACUGAGUUCAUCUUUUUGAAUCUGUAAACAAGCCGUGCACAUCUAUGUCUGAAAAAAGUUGUGCUUCAUUUAGGAGGAAUGAAGCCACAUCAAAAUGUGGAAACGCUUAACAAAUUUGCCUGUCAUCCUUUCGCAGGGGCCAUGCUAAUCUUCUCUGUAUCGAUUCCCAUUUAUCAUAUGUGCUGCCUGAGCAAGCAUGGCAAAUGUGAGGCAAUGAGUGCCUUAUAGGCCAGCUGUUGGAAAAAACCCUCCUCACGCCGCGGUGUGGCCUGACGGGCUGCCACUAGCCUGGCAGCAAAUAAGCCAAUGUAGUGGUGCCGCACCUUUGAGACGACUACAGCAGCGAGGCCUUUGAGACUAACUAAGCGUGUAGACAUUUGGAUGAUGUGAGCUGUUUGAAUGAGGCCUGAAUGAUUCUGUUGCAAAUUACAAGACAGUGUCGAGCUAACGCUGGCAGCAAAGAGGUUGGCUCAUCGGUCAAGCGUAGUAUCUGUUUUUAUCAAUUUAUAAUCUGAUACAUCUCAUAGCUGGGCGCCAUAUAUUAAAUUGCUUUUUGAAACAGGGAGAUGGAGUAGGGGCUUGCUCCGUCUACUCCACGCAUUGACCCAGUAUUGCAUUGCUUCUGGGAACGGUGCACCCCACUCAAGCUGUACAACGUUAGGACUCUGUCAGUGUUCCCUAGCUGUACUGUAUCUGGGUUUCUUAUAGCUAAAGCUUGUCCCCAGCAUAGUUGGUCACCGUAACAUGUCCUUCGGACUGUCGGCGAUUGCCCUGGAUUUGUAGUAGAUGUGGUGCUUGCGUUUGUGCUGGAAAUGUAUCAAUGUGUGAUGGCAGAGGCGUGUUUCUGCAUGUGGAACAGAAACACUAGGGGAAAUGCUACUUGUCAACCCGUACACAAGCGUUCUGCCUGAGUGGUCGCUUGGUGCAGUUCUAUAGGCUCAUUGAAUUUCAGCACCGUCAGUCAACGUGAUCAGCCCGGGAAGAAUCUCCCUGAGUGUUGGCGGAGCAAGGCAUACUUACGUGGCUGGGGAGAUACCAUGAUCAAGAAGGUGGUUCACCCAGGGGGAGGCUCGGCCAUUGCGCUCUGGCUGUCUGACCCCUGCGAAUCCCCCAAAUGCGAUAAUCUCGACUGCAUAAUUUGUUCUAGUGUGAGACUGUGUUUGCGCUCUCCCCUAUUUCCAGUUGAAGGAUAAUAUGCAUACACGGCAAUAGGUUCCUUUGAGCCCGUGUGGUUGGGCUGGCACCUGACCUUUGGCACACAUCGGAGAAGCUGCAUAGCUUUAUAGAUAAUUGGUGUCAUGAAUUGUUGCCUGGGUAGGUUUUGUUUGUACCUGUUUGUACAGAAUCUUGGCUAUGCCCUCGCACGUUAUAUCCACUCCCACUUCUUGGUUUUCCUUUGUUCUCUCUUCUUAAUCAAGGACAACCAUUCUCACUUAGGACUGGUGUCUUUAAGGACCUCUCUUUAACCAAGUUCAUGUUUGUUUUCUUAUUUUUUUUUAAAUAGAUUAGUUUUCAUGUUUUUUUUCUUGAUAGUUUAAUGUGUUUCUCCAAGGGUUUUAGUGUUUAAACGAUAUAAAUAUUUAAUGUAAAGUAAUUUUAAAAUCUUUAUUUGUUUGUUUAAACUUUCAUGUCUGUGCUACAAUUUUUCAGGAGUCUAGAAUUAGUGGUGAUUAAAGUUUUUGUAGAAGUUUUGGUUUUUUUGUGAUUGUGAUCAGAUGUUUAGACUUGGGGUUUAGGAUUUUUCAUGUUUAGGUGUUUUAGAUAAAAAUCUAAAAGAAAUUUGCGUGUUCAGAAAUGAUAUAUAACUAAUAUAUGACUAAAAUUACAUUUGUUAUCUACAUUAGAUUCUCUGCACUUGCUGCCUUUAAAAUCUAGGAUAGAAUUCAUAAUUCUCCUAGUCACCUAUACAGUAAAACGCUUAAUGAUAAAGCCUUCAUAUCUUAAAGACCUCAUACUGUAAGUCCUUAUGCUCCCAACAGAGUACUUGUUCUCAGCUCGCUGGUCUACUUGUGGUUCCUAUAGAGUUUUUUAAAUUGUAGAAUAGGAGAGAGGCCUGAGGCAAAGCCUGUUCAGGUUGGAAAAGCAGACACCCUCUUUACUAAGACCAAAGCUCAUAGUUAGAGAUCCUUCAGGUUAUUUGCAAUUAUUGUUAGUCACAGGAACCAUCUUAUGCUGCAAUUGACGUUGACUGCUGGAAGACUUAAUCCAAACACAGAGCUCCUUUUUUCAUUUUCAGCUAUUUCUUUCAUCCAAUAACCUCCAAUCAUUGUUGUGUUUAACUAAGCUUGUCUCUUUCUUCCCAGUAGUUGUGCUUCUUUCUCUCUCCCAAACUCCCACCUACAGAUAUAAUUAUACUCAGAGCUUUGUGUCUGCAAAGGGCAGUUGGGUCCAGACUUCCCAGCCUGCCUGCGUCUUGUUGUGGUUUAGUUGUAUAAGGUCUUAAUCCUUACCUUGUAAAGUGUUUUGAGAUAACUGUGAAUUGGCACUAAAUAUUUUUGUUUUAUUAUUGAUCAUUGUAUUAUCUGUUUUGCCAGUUGGACUCAAACUCCCAAUAAACGAUGCCACCUGUCAAUUAAGAUUGAUUCUUUUACUGAACUUUCUGGGGAUUUUCAAAUGACCCCUACAUAACUACACUGCUACAUUAGCAAUUAAUGAGUUACAAUUUAGUUGUGAUUACACUAUAAAAUUAAAGGAAAUUGAUUAGAAUGUACUAGUGGCCUACAGAUCAAUACUGGUUCUAAUCCCAGCUGUCCAAUAUGAAGCAUUCUUGGUUCCAGACUGGUUCAGGUCAACAGAGCUGCACGAGGGUUUGAGGUGGAUCAGCUUGGAGGGAGCUUUAGUAAAGCGAUGUGAUCCCAGCCCUGCUGUGGUCUCCUGGUCGACAUCCAACAGAAACACACACGUUAUAAAACCUCCCGGAUACAGAUGCUUACGGCCAAAACCAGAUGAAAAGGUCGUUCUACGCUGUUUACAACUACUGUAAGACGGACAAAUUCAAAAUAGGUGUUCAUACACUACAAGGCCUGUAUUUCCCCAGGGUUCAGAGAGCAAUAAACCUGCUGGAGCACACGACUGUACGUUAUUCCCACAUGCCAUCGUUCAGAUGAACAAUUAAUCUGUACAAGAACUCCAAACUCCUCCAAAUUCUCUAUCUAUUAUUGGAAGCAAGCUUUGCAAUAAUAAUUUCAAAAUGAAAUGCUUAUGUUUACAUGCACAUAGAAAUAUGGCACUUUAUGUUGUGGUAUUGAUUAAAUCCUGUUGCCAUGUUCAUCUGUUGGCCACUAUUUUUAUUUUGUAUGUGUAAAUUGCUUCCUCCCAGAUGCGGUUUAUUACUACAUUGUGGCUCCAAUGCGAGCACUGUGUUUUUUGUAUGAAUGGCUUUGGGCAUCUCCUCCCCACACAUGCAGCCAUUAUGACUGCCACGUUCUAUCUGCUGUUAUUUGUGCCUGCACCUUUUUGUUGUUUCUCUCCCUCUGUCUCGGCUUGCUGUCUAACCUCCUACACAAGAAGAAGGCGGCUUAUCCUUUUUUCAAUCACACUGAAAUCUCUGUGAAGCCUUUCUGUCAGUGCAUCAGCCAAGAAAGGGUUCAGAGCACAUUAAGAGCAAACAAAACGGGGAGAGAAGAGACUUUCUAAACCACAUGUGUCUGCUUUUUGUGCUUAAUCACUCACUUUGUCAAUCAUCUUAAAAAAUACUUAAAUGUGAGAGAUGCUUCAAUUACUGACUGAACUGACACUGAGCACAAGAUGCAGCCUGACAAGCCUGUGGGUGUUGAUAAGGUCAAAUUCAAAAUUAGGACCUCUUUCCAAUUGUUUUUGCUGUAGCAGGACAUUGCUGUUAGAAAGUGGCUGUUUUUAUAUAGAAGUUUAUUACAUAGUUGGUGUUAGCCUCUCUUGUAUCUCUAGCACAGAAGAGGGAAAAGUGGUGGAGUCUGGGCAUGUUGCACAACACACAUGAUUCAGAACUGAAAGAAAAAUAUCCUCUUUGUUUCUGAAUGUUACAUUUAUAUAUAUAUCUGCAGUAUUUGAUAUUUCAUAAAUUGUUGGAAUUUUUGGAUUACAGAAUAACUAUGCAUGUGUAAUCAAAUCAUACAUUUGUGUCAUGUUUGUGUUACAAACAGAUACACUAUUUCCAUAAGAAUGAAGGGAAAAGACACAAGGUGUGACUCUGAAAUUUGAAGAAAUAAAUGUAAUACAUAACACGAGUUUGUUUUUCAGAAUUUUUUGUUAAAUUAACAAACGAAUUGUUAGUAUUGGAUGUAUUCAUGUUACAUUAGGGUGGCAGGGUAGCGCUGCCACAGCAAGCAGUGACAAGUGCCUUCCUGUGGAGGUUGCAUGUGCUCCCUGUGUCGGUGUCUACAGUCCAAAGACAUGUACUGUAGUGAGAAUAAUUAGGAGAUUGUAAAUUGCCUGUAGAUGUAAAUGUGAAAGCAGGUGGUUGUUUGUCUGUGUACAGUAUGUGGCCCUGCGAUAGAUAGGCAACCUGUACACCUCUCGCCCAAAUGACAGCUGGAAUAAGCUCCAACAGACCCUUGACACAUACAAGAUGUCCAGCUUAUGCUCACCUUCAGCCACUUUAUAGUGGCAUGAGCUGGGCAUGGUGCCCAACUAGUGCUGGCCAGUGCGUCUUAUAUUCUGCUUGGUGAUCUGUAAGCAUAUUGGUCACAUAGCUAGAAACACUGAAUGACAGAAUUCUACAGCUAAGAAUACAUCAUGAAUGAAUGAAUGAGUUUUGAUCACUGGCUUAUUUAAUAAUUUUUAAAAUGUUUUUUAUAGAAUCCUUUGUCAUGUAAUUCUAAUCUGCAGUCAUACAUGUCACAUCACAGACAAUGUAUCAAAUGGAAAUAUAUUUGUUACAAGCGGUCAAUAUUUGGGCUUUUGACCAAAUUCUGUAGCAUAUUCUCCGUCACCAUGGUGAUUAACGUGCUCCAGUGGUGCGAUCAGCAAAGUAGAUCCGAGCAUCAGUUCAAGCCUCACCUGGAACAAAUGAAGUGUUUGGAGGAAUAAAUUCUUAUCUUCAACCCAGACACUAAGUACUGAUAGAAGAGACAUAAGCGUACUGUAGGCAGAACCUAGGGAACAAUAUAAAACAUAAUACAUGGAGUGCAACACAUGCUUGACCUCUACAUCCAAAGGAGCUGUAAGAGUUAUUGAGGACCCACAGACAGAGCCACAUGCAGUAGCCAGACAGAGCCUCUGCCUCCACUUCCAUCCAUUUAUUUGUUUUAUAUGUUUUUUUAUUUAUAUGUUUAUAUGUUCAAAGCAUGAACACUCUAAAUGUCCUGCUUUAUUUCUGUGCAUGUCAAAGGUGUUCAAUUUGAACGGUUUUGUAGAAACAGACGUUACCAUAUAUUAAGUAUAUAAAUGAAGCGUUACAGUUUUUUGUUUUAGUGAAGUUUUUAUAUAAGUUUAAAAGUACCGUACAGCAAGUACUGUAGGAGGCUGUCAGAGAAAAACCACACUGUCCUUGUGCUGACUUCAUAAAUGGACGGAAAACACAAGCAAAGGAAUGGACUGGGCAGCAUGCGUCACAGCCUUGGCGAGGCGCCGUUCAAGGCUACAACAACCUCACCUCUGUCUCUCACACGGAACAUGCAUCCACGACAUGAGACGCUGCCGAACAUUUGCUUCAGCUCUCUUAUUACAGCCUAGGUGCUCUGUGAAGGUUUCUAUAAAAAACUAAACAAAAGACUAAUCUUCUCCCGAAAAGCUUGUUUCAGCAGCUGUCUGUGAUGUGACGAAAAAGUGAAAUGCCAAGCCAGCGCUCGCAGGGACCGGAUUGGAUCUGUGCGGUUCAGCAAUCACCGUCUCUUCACCGCACUCUUCUCUGAGCCGCUCUGGCAGUAAUAGGCGGCGUGUGUGUGUGUGCGAGAGCGCAUAACAAACACCGUGGGACCGGACUCAGCUGAAAGAGAUGAUUGAACGCCACGUAUUUACAUAGAACAGUGUGGGAGGAUCAUGCACUGCGUGGAAACAGGACGUACAGGCAGACAGAUGUGUUAGCUGGUUUAGGGAACACAUCACUUUGGCUUUAAAGUUAUUCCUAAAACGACACUGGGGACUUGACCUUUUACUAUGAAUGCCACCUCUGCCAACCAAACGGGCUGCCCGGAGCUCAAGGUGCCCGCCCCGCUGUUCCUCGGCAUCGGCGUGGCGAGCCUGGCCGAGAACCUGCUGGUGGUGCUUGCCGUCAUCUGGAACCGGAACCUGCACUCGCCCAUGUACGCCUUCAUCUGCAGCCUGGCUGCGUUCAACACCAUCGCCAGUCUCACCAAGACCUGGGAGACGCUCAUGAUCCUGUUCGCAGACGUUGGCCGGCUGCAGAAGGGAGGCGCCCACGAGACCAGGCUGGACGACGUGGUGGACGCCCUCAUGUGCAUGUCCUUCGUUGGGUCCUUCUUCAGCUUCCUGGCUAUUGCUGUGGAUCGCUACAUCACAAUCUUCUAUGCGCUGCGCUACCACAACAUCAUGACCGCGUGGCGCACCAGGCUGGUCCUGGGCGCCAUCUGGACCACGUGCGGCGUCUGCGCCGUGCUCAUGGUGAGAUUCUUCGACUCCAACUUCAUCAUGAUCUGCUUCAUCGCCCUCUUCGUCGUCUCCUUGGCGAUGAUCUGCUUCUUCUACGUCUACAUGUUCAUGCUGGCGCGCAUCCACGCCAGGAGGAUCGCGGCUCUGCCCUCGCAUGGUGGGGGGAGGUGCGGGCGGCGGCGGUGGCGACGGCGCAGCGCGCGCGGCGCGCUGACCCUGACACUGCUGUUCGGGGCCUUUGUGGUGUGCUGGGCGCCCUUCUUCCUCCACCUCAUCAUAAUCAUGGCCUGCCCCACCAACCCGUACUGUGAGUGCUACCGCUCCCUGUUCCAGCUGCAUGUGGCGCUGCUGAUGAGCCACGCACUCGUGGACCCAGCCAUCUACGCCUUCCGCAGCGCCGAGCUUAGGCACACCUUUAGGAAGAUGCUGCUCUGCUCAGACUGCGGGUAGCGAUCGGUUGUUUUAUUACUGACCCACAACAAGUUGUGCUGAUUCAAACUCACUGGCACGUGUUGUAUGGACCAGUCACCUAUCGCUACAGUUACCACCGACAUUACUUCCUGUUUCCUGCUCUAGAUCAAUUCUACGUAAUCUCACAUAUCAGGGGCCUCGUGUACGAAGGGAACUUAUGCACGAAAACCCGGCGUAAGCAGGAAUCUAAGCCUAAGGUCAGAUGUAUUAAAAACUAUGUGAAGUAGAAACGUGCGCAGAUCUACAGGGCUCACUGGAGUAAGUACUUUUCUACAGCUAUUGGUCCGUUAGCGACAUGAAGAGGUGUUAAUCUAUAUAAAACAUGUGCAAAACGGUGCAAACAUAUAUAUUUAUAUUUAAUUGAGGAUCUAUUAGAAUCUGGUAGAGGUGCCCGUUCUUGGAUCGUCGCACAUCCAGCUGUCGACCACAGGUUUAACGAUGAUCCGUUCAUUGGAUCAGAUCUGAAGCUGGUACCAGAUCAGUGGCUUAGUGGUCAGUAAAUCAUUUAACGGCCUUUAUGUUAAUUCCUGUUGUACAUAAAACAUGUUUGCCCUGUAAUUUCACCCUUUCUUCAGCACCAGCAUUAGUCGGUGGUUUAAUGUAGAGAAUUCCUAUUAGUAGCUCAACACUGUCUUCUCCUUCACUUCUGCCUGUUUUAGUGACGCUUUGGUUUCGCUUUCGCUUCACGUCCACCUUCAUGUCAGACCACUUUUAUUUUUUUAUUUCCGCUCCUGUGCAGAACCUGCAGCAUUAACACCUGCACACCUGGUCCUGCUCGGCUACUGCGCAAACGCCAACUGUAUUUAAAUGAAUUAACAUAUUUAUAUGGAGGCGUGUCAUGGGAGGAGUCUGCUACUCAAUCACCUGCGCUCAAUUCUACGUUGAUUGGUGAGUACGAAGAAAACAUGCGUAGAUUCGUAACUAGUAGUGAUUGAUACAUCUGUACUUACACAGUUUUCUGGAUUCGAACCAAGUUUAGUAAGAAAUCUUCAAGUCUUUGUACACGAGGCCCCAGGUCUCUAUAGACUCCGGUAUCUAACAACUUAACUGUUAUUCACUGUUUGUCUGUUACCAUUUAGCUCAGGUUUAUGUACUGGUUUGUUCUUAACUCUAGUCAUUUGAUUUAAUUUUGGUUCAGUUCAGUUUAUUUGUUUUUGUUCUAUUUUCUUGCCUGCUUAGCGUAGAGCGUAUUAGUUUGUGGGUCCAGUAUGUCUUUUCAUCCUUUCCUGUUUAGAUCCCUUGGUGUUUUGUUUUGGUCCUGCCCUUAAGUAGCAGUGCUUUUCAUUACUACAUGUCUUUAUGUUGUUAAUUACGUUCAACAGUUGUAUCUAAUGUGUUUGUCAAUCUGCCAGUAUGAUUUUUUUAGUCAGUUUAAGAUUUGACUGAAGAUUUUACUUGGUUACGUAGUUAAUCAACUUCUUUAAUUAGAGGAUUUUGCCUCUUAUAGACGAAUGCUUCACUUUAGUGUGUCCGAGCCCAAAUUGUAACUGUAACACUUUUAAUAAUGAGCAUUUUUUGAAUCACAUUACAUGUAUAUAGCAACAUAUGACCCAUCUACUGCCUUAAAAUGUUUAAUGUUCUCUUCUAAUAUUUUAAGAUAAAGCAUUUGUUUUACAUUCUGACAAACAACAAUUGGGAAAGCAGCUUGUAUCUGACAGAUUUUAUUCAUAAUCAAAUCAUGAAGCAAAACGGCACAUGUCCAUCAUUACCACUGUAGCUCACAUCUAUACUGUAGCAUGCUGCCACUUUACUAAGAACAUGAAGUACGCCCCCACAGCUGUAAACAGGGCCUCGCUAGCUAGAAACAUGAGACAGAUCAUGCAGCUGCGAAUCAAAACGUGGGCUCACGUCACGGUCGACUCACGUUUCUGUUUCAGCAAAUACUCAGAGCUUCAUAAUUAGAUAUAAGUAUGAACCCCUUUGUACAAGUACACAGAUACUGUAGGCUGAUGGUACUGUACAAUAUGUGAGUGUUUAGCAACAAAAAAAAACUUGUGGGAGGAAAGAAAUGUUUAAAGAUCCUUGGAUUUAAUAGAAGCAUGUGUGUAUGUUCAUAGGCUAUUUUUGUUCUCACUUCAAUAACUAAACACAACAAAGGCAAUGACAUCACAAAAAAACAUUCACUGACUACUUGUUCCUACAUGGAUCUGUAUGUAUAUGCAUUAAAUGCACUGGAUCAGUGUGAAGAAAAACCAAUGGGCUGUUUCACUAAAUAACCCUAUAAUUGAAGCAUCUACCACUGAGCAAUGAUGCGUAACACCUUAUAAGAAGACGGUGAGGCCUCUCAUCUGGGAGGUAGAUGACACUAGCACACUUAGAAAGGCUGUUUUUUUUAACUUUUUCAAGUCAUCGCACAUUUACACAGAACUGGGGCUGAGAAGAAGCAGUUAUAAUUAGAGCGUACCUACAUUCACAUCCCAGCAGCAACUGUGGUUCUUUUGAGUGUUGGCGGAUGGGAGGAAGCUGCUUGUUAACGGCAGCAGGCAAAGGAUGUCGGCUGAAGGUAGGUGAAGCUGUCCAAAAGUUCUCCUACCUGAGCAUAGCAAAUAAGGCAACCUGUCUGGGUCCAUGGACAAGUACCGCUGACAUCGUUCCUUACUGUGUUUCAGCAGGAGCCGUCUGUUGGGGAGCGUCAGAACCCAGUGUGUUUGUAAUAGUUUCUUUUAAAUGAUAUAAGAGGUGGUUUAAAGACACUAUAAUCGCUGCCAUUCGUGCACAGAAAUAAACCCACAACAUUGGCCACAACACAAGUGGCAUUGAACCUGUUCUGUGUCUGACCUGUGCUUUAAAGAACAGCAAAGAGAUUAUGAAGUCAUAAGAACGUUACUAUGAAAUAUGAUCACAGCAGCAGUCACAUUGUUUAUAAUCCUAAUGCUCACGAGGUAGAAAUGCGCUGUCGAGUGUCUACUUGCACGUAUGUGAUGGAGCUCAUUAGCUGAUGCUGAAUUGUGCAGUAAAAGUAGAUCCAUGUUCUGUCCUCGAGAUGAUUUUU